ACCGCGGAAACUGGUUUUUUGCACAUGCGCAUCAAAGUUGCUGUCUUGGUCAGAUAUCAAACUUCAAGAUGGUCAUGAGCAGAGCAAAACUGAUACUAGUGCUCCUGACAAUUGUUCAUACAACAUGUUGCUAUGGCUCAUGGGAGUGUAACAACACUAAUGAAGAGGGGUCAGGCAGCAGUGUUGACGACCUGUUACAAACCACUGAGGGAAGAUGUGUUCCUUACGAAGAGGCAGUGCGUAGUAUAAUCUUUAGUGAGUGUGUCCCAGUUAUUUCGGAGAAAAAAUGUCAGUUUUUUGAUUAUGGAGCCGAUUUUGCUGAGCUUCAGGACAAUCUUCAACGUUUCUUAAAUUACGUGAAAAUGUUAAGUAUCUCAGACUAUUGUGAAGAGGUGGUGAUGUCCUACAUUUGUAACUAUGUGUACCCAGGAUGUAAUACUUCUCGAGAGGUCCCUGUGGGCAUUUGUGCCGAUGAGUGCAGUAAAUUUGUCACUCAGGGAGAAUGUAUGGAAACGUUUAAAAUGUUGGAGAGUGCCACAACUCUGGUGGAUACGUUCCACGUUAAUAUAAAUUGUCAGAAUGGUUCGCAAUCUUCAAUUUGGUUUAAUUACACGACAGAUUCCUUUGAAUGCUUCAACAUUUCUGGGAACAUCAAUGCUACAGCUGAAACUCUACCCGAAACAGACAGUUUACCACUUGAAUGGAUCAUCCCCGUAGCAACAGUCGGACCUGUGGCAAUCAUAGCCUUUAUUCUACUACUACUACUCUGCGCCAUUAUCGCUUACUGCCGUAGAAAGAAGAAAAAGCAAGGACAAAGUUCAUUCAGGCCCAUGAACUAUUCAAAUCCGACAGCUGUAAAUCCGUUUCAAGUCACAUGUUACAUGAGAGAGAACAGCAGUAAUGACUAUCUACUUCGAGAAGUUGUUCCACUGGAGUCUGUGAAAAGCGGUGGGGAUAGAAAUGACGAAUUGCCUCUGUUCCAGCUACUCUCCGAGGACGCUGAUCGUCUUGGUAACAGUUUGAGGGAUAUCCUUGUUCCAUUCAGACAGUUGUGCUUCACUGAUGAAAUUGCUCAAGGAGCAUUCGGGCGUGUCUAUCGAGGAGUGUACACGAGGUCAGUGAACUCUCAUGGAACUCGGACUGUUGGGGGAGACUUGAUGCAAGUUGCUAUUAAAACGAUCAAAGAAACUCAAGUCCAAGAUUCUUACAAGAAUAUACGGGACUUUAUAGAGGAGAGUGCUCUGAUGCAUAGCUUCGAUCAUCCGAAUGUGCUUGGGCUAAUUGGUAUAAGCCUGGACAAAAACAGUUCCCCUUACAUCAUACUGCCAUAUAUGGAGAACGGAGACCUGCGAACUUUCCUCAAGAACAAGCGAGAGGUGGCUACAAAAUCAACGGACACGGGCUAUCCAGAGGGUCUUCAGUAUGACAUGCUGGUGAGAAUAUGUCACGAGGUGGCCAAAGGAAUGGAGUACCUUGCCUCAAGGAAGCUAGUACAUAGAGAUCUUGCAGCAAGGAACUGCAUGGUGGACAGGAAUGUCAGUAUUAAAGUGGCUGACUUUGGGCUCACGAGGGACAUCUACGAGACUGACUACUACAUUCAGAGAUUCAACGCUAAGGUCCCCGUCAAGUGGAUGUCUCCAGAGAGUCUGUACGAUAGGAUCAGUAAUGAAGCAACAGACGUUUGGGCGUAUGGGGUAACUUGCUGGGAGGUGUUCAGCCUGGGGAGAACGCCGUAUCCCACGGUAACCAACCACGAGAUGCUCGAGUACCUGGAACAGGGGAGGAGAUUAAAACGACCUGCUCUAUGCAGCGACGAAAUGUAUGACCUCAUGAAGCGUUGCUGGUUCCAGCAUCCCGAAGACCGCCCCCUUUUCACCGAAAUUGUCGAAAUGUUUAACGGCUACAUUAUACCCGAAUCCUGCACACCCACAAUCGGGAACGCUCGCUACAAGGUCCAUAUCAAGGCUGGAUCUAACGAAGAGUCCCUUUUGGACACCAUUGUCAACCAACUCAAGUACACACCAGCUGGAAGUUUUGAGAACCUUUUUGAAGAAUGUGCUAAAUCAGAAACACAUCAUGACGAACUCACUUUGACCGGCGACAGUAUGCCACAAGGGUCAUAUAUCAGUAUGGGGAACAGUUACUAUGUCAAAAUGAACCCAACUUUGGAGAGCAUAGCAUCUCACACAAAGUUUGGGUCGUACCCAUACGAGAUUAUGGUCAGGGGUGUCCCCCAAAUGGAGAGGGGUAUUCGAACGAGUAGGGAACGUCUUACGGACAGCGGUGGCAGUAUCGCAGGCAAUGCACUCAGAUGGAUAAACUGAUAAGAAAUGGAGGGCUUUCACAAUAAUUAUAUUUUUUGUAUAGACUCUCAAAGAACAUUAUUUUCAUGCAUGGAGCACAUCUUCAUAAUUAUUGUGUAGUAUGAAAUAAUUAUACCUUUUAAUACGAAUGUUACAAGCACCAA